GUAACUAUAGAGCAAUACAAACAACUCAAUUAUUAUUUUGUGACCAUCCUUCAAAAUAGAAAAUAUAAUUUAUUCUAAGUCCAGAGAUUUGUGAGAAAAUAAGUACAGUUAAUUCAAUUUAUAAAUGGGGCAAUUUAACAUAAUUGUUAUAGGAUGUAUUCUUUUUAAUUAUAAUAUUUAGAAUGGAAAUCCAAUACAUUUUGAUUUUACUUAAAUGCCAGAGAAUUAUGAAUUUUGGCAGUUUAAUUUAUUGUAAAAGAGCUAUAACCUAAAUGAUUGUUUACCAAAUCGAGAAGAUUAAGAAAAAUUUAUGGUAGAAGAAUUUGUUAGAAAAGGAUCAACAUUUUAAUUAGAAUAUAGUAGAAAUGUUAUAAGUAGAGUGUAAGGAUUUGUUGAUAAAAUUAAAGAUGAUGAAUCGUAAAAAAAAAUCGGAAUCGUUACUCAUUUUCAAAUUAUUAAAUCAAUAUUAUAAUGUAGUAAAUAAAGAAUAGAUUUUAAAUUUGGUAAUGGAGCUGUAUUUGGACUUAAUUUGUGAUUUACAUGAUUAUUUAAUAUUUUUUAUAAAUAUUGAAAACACAUGGAUUUGUUUCGAAAAGCUGAUAAAACUAAAGCUGAAAUCGAUGUAGAUAUAGUGUUUAAUUAGAUUCUGUAUAAAGAAUAAUUCCCUAAAUUAGAACCUUUUAUUAAAGUGCUCACUUUAUAAAGUCAUUCUGAAUAUUUAGAAGUAACUUCAUAAUCGAUUCUAGCUUCUUCGAAGAAUUAAAGUGUAUGAAUUGAUGGCAUUUAAUUUAGUGCCAUAAAAUGAAUAGGACAACUUAUACAUGUUUUACUCAGGAAGAAUGAGAUAAGAUUUAUCAGAUAUUGAAGAUUUGGAUGAAUUUGCAUCAAAGUCUAAAUAUAUAAAGAAAAAAAAACAACAAUAUUAAGAAGACUUACCAGAAGGUUAUUUAAUAGAUAGAUAAAAUAUGAAUAAAAUAGUAUGUAUAAUUUUAAAUUAGUUCGCAGUUGAAAAUUGCACUUUACUUAUGUUAACACCUACAGACAUUACAUCAAUGCUUCUUAAACAUGAGUUAUUAAUCAGAUAGAAAAGACACUUCUUCUUAAGUACUUUCAAACCUACUAAUUUUGAUGAUAAAUAACUAUUAUGUUAGAUUGCAGAUUCACUUUAAGUAUUUCAAUAAUACAUUAGCUUUUCUAUUAUGAAGAACAAGCUUGUUUAAUGUAAUUAUAUCAAAAAUUGGAUAACUUGUUUAUCAUUUUCACAGGAAAAGUGUAAAUUUAUACUAAAAGAAACAUUAUUAUGGAAUGCAACCCUAUGGAUUUUAUCAAUGAAGAAUGUGCCAUGGCUAAUUAUUCAGCUUAAGUUCUAUCUAAAGAUGCAUAAGUAUUUAAAAUAGAUAAAGUAUUACUAUAAUUGUUUCCAGAAUCUGCUAAAUUACUUAUUGAAUAAUCAAAAAAAAAUAAAAGUUUGUUGAGAAGAAAUUUAAUGGAAAAUCACAUUGUUGACCUAUAAAUUCCAGAAAAUUAAACCUUUAAGUUUUAAAGGUAGCAUAAAUUUAGAAGUAUGAUUUCUUUAGAAAAAUUAUUUAAACCAGCUUAACCUCUUUUAUAAAAGUCUGAAUAAACAACUAUGACUGGAUUCAAUAGGAAAGAAUCAUAACAUAGAAAAAAACUAUCUACAGGAAAUAUUGAGGUUUCUGACAAAGAAGUUGUUCAAGUUCUUCUCAACAAAAACCAAUUUACCUCUAAUAGGACACUUCAUUCUUAAACUUCCGAUAAAUUUAGUAGAACCUCAUCAAAUAUCUCAAAAUUACUUAACUUUAAUUGCUAAUCUGUUUAACUGACAAAAUCCUCAAAAUAAGUUUAAAGCUUAUGUUUAUUACCAGAGAUGUCUCAAAAAUCAAAAAAAAAUUCCUCAUUAUUAUGA